AUUUUUAUUUAUAUAAGUAAGUAUAAGUAAAAAUAAUAAUUAUUCCAAUUUAAUUCAUCAGAAAAUGUGGUAGCACCAGAGAAUGUAAAAUACUACAUUCUCUGGUAGCACCAUCUAUACUCCUAUGUGUGUGCGUCGCUGUACAACAGCUGAUUUUCAGCAUUGUUUGGCGAAAUUUCUCGACACAAAUUAUUAUUUGCCGGUGCCUUUCUUAUAGUGAUAAAUUAUUUAAAACUUUAUAAAUAUGGAAGUUGGUGGGGUGGCCCACAGCCUGGAUGGCAAAGUACGGACGGAGGAUGUUAAACUCAAAGAAUUGGCACCGUUUAGUAAAAUGUUGUUGUCGGAUGCGGUGCGUAAAGGAUUGCAAAAAACGGGAUUUGUAUACCCAACAGGCAUUCAGGCAACCUCAAUACCGAUGGGCAAAUCGGGAUUGGAUUUACUUGUACAGUCGAAGUCUGGCACUGGAAAAACACUUAUAUUUUGCACAAUAAUAUUGGAGGCUUACCGCAUGGAUAUCGCCGAACCGCAAUCAUUGAUAGUAGCGCCAACACGUGAGAUUGCCGUGCAAAUCGAAUUAGUAUUGAAUCAAAUUGGUAGUUGCUGUAACAGUUUUCGUGCUGUCAGUGUUAUUGGUGGUUUAGAUGUAGCAGACGACAGAAAGCGUUUACAUGGCGCCAAAGCAGUUGUUGGUACGCCUGGCCGUCUACUACAUUUGAUACAAAACAACGUGCUGAACACGUCGAAAAUUCGUUUGCUGGUGUUGGAUGAAGCUGACAAAAUGUAUACACAAUCAUUCCGGCAAGAUUUGCGGCGUAUACAAAAUGCUUUACCGGCAAAGCGCCAGACAAUCGCUUGUAGCGCCACAUUCUGCGAUGGCUUAGAUGAGGAGCUGGCAAAGAUAAUGCGCAAUCCCCUGUUAAUUUCUACAGAGGAGCGUGCCACCUUAUUAGUUGGCAUAAAACAGUUUGUCUAUGAAGUUGUCGAACAAAAAACCAGCAUACUUGAGAUGCAAACCAAAUUGGCAGCGCUGCGUGCCAUAUUCGGACAUAUUCCUUUCAAACAAUGUUUAAUAUUUGCUGGCUCACAAUCACGGGCUAAUUCCUAUUGCAAUUAUUUGGAAAAGGAGGGCUGGCCUUGUGAACUUAUAUCCGGUGCGCAGGAUCAGAAAACACGUCUCGAAAUGUUUCACAAAUUUCGUGAAUUCAAAACGCGCAUUAUCAUAACAACCGAUCUGAUGGCGCGUGGCGUUGACUCGGAACAUGUAAACUUGGUUAUAAAUUUGGAAUUACCAACCGACAUGGUCACCUAUUUGCAUCGCAUUGGACGCGCUGGACGCUUUGGUUCACAUGGCAUUGCUAUCAACUUUGUUGCCAAUGAAAAGGAUCGUUGUACGCUAACACGUCUCAUAACACGCAUUGGCAAUGGCAUGAGUGUCUUUAAGUUUCCACAAAAGGCGGUGGCGCCAGAGCAAGAGCAAGAACACGAUUUUUGGGAUUUCACCGACUUUGAGAAGGAUAAACAAUAUUUUGGUUUAUUUGGUUGUGAAGCCUUAGCGCCUUUAGCAUCGCUUGAGCAUAGCUCAUUUUCUGAUACACAAGAGAACAAUAAAGAGAAUGUAAAUGAUAAUCAGCUGAAUACGAGCUCUUCAAUUGACACGAACACAUUUCGUGUCGACUCAAAAGACAGCGCUCUAAAUGUGCAAGAUAAUCUGCUAGAACGUCCCGAAUAUAACAAUCAACACUACUCACCUUCACAUAACCUAACAAUUGACUCACGCCAAAACUCUUCACAACAACUACCAUCUUCAAAUACUAUAGACGACGCCAGUAGCAUAGCUGCAGACAGUCUACGCAGCAGCCAACAAGAUAUUUCACGUUACCAAUCGGUUUUAAUGCAAAAAGCCGCCAUUCCAACGCUUUUCGAAUUCCUCGUCGAUCCUAACAGCAGCGAGAGCAAAGCGGACGUUGACGGUGGUGAAGCGAAGAAGAAGCCACAAAUUGAUUUGUUUGAAGACUACAAAAAAGCUGUGCUAACAAACUCGAACAAUUCACUGAAAGAGAUUGAAGCUGCCCGUGUCGCAGAAGCUGCACCCAUAUCGACGAAAAUCGCUGCUUAUAAGACGAUGCUUAUCGAUCAACCCGAGCAGAAGCCAGUGGUGGAAUCCACACCUGAUAUAUACUCCGACUAUGCCAAUUUCAAUACCGAUGAGAAUUCCAGCAGCCUAAGUCAGGAGACACUCUCUAAUGAUAUUGAUAAGGCAACAUUUAUAUUAUCUGUGGCAACACCGCCAAAAAUGCACGAUUCCAUUGAAGAGUACGUUAAUACAACGAGCACAGAGAGUGAUCUGAAAAAUAGCGUCUGCACAAGUGAAAGCAGUGAAGUGUCGGAAGUGAAGCAUUUCACUUCACCAGCACAUAAUCAACCAAAUAACAACAUACCAGAUCUUAUACCGGCCAAUCAACGACUUCUGGGUUUGGCAUACAAUCAGCAACAAUUACAGAACUUAACUGUUAAUGUUGGUGCACGGAUCGAAAUACCGCCCCAACAGCCUCGGCAAGCCGAUUCGCCAGCACUGAACGAUUCCGUUUUACAUUCCCACGAUGAUGAUCAUUCGCCGACUAUUAGCAAUAGCGACUCCUUGCACUCGCGUUCAAAUUCGGAGCGUGGCGGUAGCAGUGGCUUCAACGAGCGCAAUACGACCAGCGCUUCGUCGGGCAUCGUCACUUCCGACACAGAGGCGGAACGUUAUGUAGAAAAUGGUUACUACUCUUCGUCCUCGGAAAGCGGUACUGGAUCUAUAAAUGAAGGUGACGUGGAAUUAAUGCAACCAAAUCCGGAACCAGAGGCCGAAGCUGAAUCGUCGUCAACGGAUGAGGACUAUGAUGAUGAAGAAGACUACUAUGAAGAUGAAGAUGAGGAGGACUGCGCUGAGUUCGAGGACGAGGAAGAUGAAGAUAUCGAAGAUAAUGAUGCAGAGGAUUGGUUUGAGGAUAAAGGAGAUGAUGAGGACUUGGAAGAAGAGGGUCACGACUACGACAACGCCAAUGGUGUUGCACACAAUGAAUGCGAAAGCGAUAGUGAUGGCGGAUGUGGCGUACCCUAUUAUGCGACUUACGAGAGUGGUGUAGAACGUAAAAACGAAUAUGAAACGAAUGCGGCCGAGCUUGGUGAUGCAAAAGUAGUGCUUGCAACCGAAGUUGAAGCAGAAAAUGCAGGCACAUCAACAGCUAACAUAAAACAUGAAUCCAAUAUAACUAACACAAAACAUGACAAUGAGCCGUUAGAAACAGCGAAAACAACAAAAACCCAUAAGCAUGAUAAGAAGCGUUCUACACGAAAAACAGCGCACUCAACACAAUAUGGCGCAUAUCCGUCGUAUUAUAACUGUAAUGACAGCAAUUAUGUGGCUGCGCAUGCGCUUUGGAUGGAAAUGUAUUGGAAGCAGGUGAAGCAAAUACAAGACUAUGUGCGUUCGACACGUGAAGUUGGACGAUCAGAAGACGAAAAGUGAAUAAUAUACAGUUUUUCAACCAGUACAUACACAAACGAAGAUGAAUGCGUCAUUGCAGAUACAUCAGUAUAUGUACCCUAUGCAUUAAAUUUAAUUUAUUACUUAACUUAUUGAAGAAAAUUCCAUGAAAUGAAUUGAACUCACUAAUAUAAUAUAUUGAAAUGAAUAGAAGAAUCAAUAAACCAAUACGCUAAUAGAGCA